ACAACAGUAUGGAUAAAACAGUCGACACUUGUCCCAGAAACAGGACAGAGACAGUGGAAGCCUCUAUAAGACUGGGCUGUGGUCGUGACAAGUAUGGAAAUGACCAGUAUAUGUGUCUACCUAAUUUAGAGACAACAAGUCUGGUAGAAUUCUGUCACAAUGGUAUCAUGGGCUUUAUAGAAAGUGGUAAUUGUUUGAAAACUGCAGAGGAUAAACUUUUUAUACACAAAUGUUCCAAUUUUGUUUCUGGCUGUCCUGAUGUAGACUUCCGCAGUAACGAAAUCUACAAAUACCCUGCUUGUCAAAACAUUAGUACAGAACAUCGUUGUUAUCUUGCUGAUCCAUCAUGUCCAAAUACGACAUGGGAUAUAUCUACUGAAGAAACAGCGGAAAAAUUUAUAUCCAAGUCCACAACAAAUCAUGUAAUAUACAACACAACAGCAAAGAAUAUUCAUACAACCAAAUUCCAAGAAGAUGACUCAGCACACAUUGGGGCAAUUAUGGGCAUUGUUGUUGCUGUACUGGGUCUUAUACUGCUGUUGAUAAUUGUGAGGGUUGUAUGGAAGAGAAUGCACAAACAGAAAAGAAAAGAAAGAAAGGAAUUUUUGACUGAAAAAGAAAACUUAUUGAUGGAAACAGAGGAGAAAGUUGUCCAAGGGGCUACAAAGGGAGAUGAAACAGGCACCAGUAGUAAACAAAACGAGAGCGAAAAUGAUAUCACGCAGAGUGAUGAAGGUAGUCAAAAUGAAGAAAUAAAAUAUUAUAUCCGCAAGGUUUACGUUAGUAGUGAAACAAUGGGAGAUAAAGUGGAAAUUGAUGAUACUGAAACUCGAGUCCUUAAUGAACCAAAUGAUAAGAAAUAUGGUGUCAAUUUUGAACCAGCGGAAACGGAUUAUAGUAAAUCAGAAAGUGAUAUUCAUAGUGACUCAAAGAAAAAGGAGCAUAGUAUUACUGAGACUGAUGUCAAUGGUGAACUGCAGGAGAGGGGGCAUGAUGUCACAGAGACUGAUGUCAGUAGAGAACUGCAGGAGAGGGGGCAUGAUGUCACAGAGGCUGGUGUCAGUAGAGAACUGCAGGAGAGGGGGCAUGAUGUCACAGAGACUGAUGUCAAAGGUGAACUGCAGGAGAGGGAUCAUGGUAUCACAGAGGUUGGUGUCAGUAUAGAAUCAGUGGAGGGGGAGCUUGGGAUCCUAAGGAAUAGCAAAUCUAAUAUAGAAGGGGAGUUGGAGCUUAUUCGAAGAAUGCACAUUGGUGAUUACAGCACGUGGAGGACACAGAUAUCAGAUGAGUUCUCCACACUGACUGAUGACGAUGUGUUAGUGUUGUUCUGUUUUCUGUGCUCUGACUCCGGUCCUCCUGACUUCACCGACUCAGAGUGGCUGGACAAGCUUAAUGAGAUACGACAUUGGGUGUACAGUAAAAAGAAUCCUGUAACAAGUGAGGAAGCACAGCAGACUCUGGACAGACUGAAGUCACGUGAUUACCUCUGGGAAGAUCAGGACAAGAUAACGGAAGACACAAAGGACGAGACAAUGUAUAGGAUAGCAUCAAUAAACGAACGUAUACUAUACUUGUACAGUAGUCAUGACACAGCCAGUGUGUACCUGAGAUCAGUGAGACACAACAGAAAACCUGGUGAGAAGUGUGUCUCUAGUCUUGGCUGUGAUUCCUUACUGAUACUCCGUCUACAGAUGAACAUACUGACUCACGUCACCAUGGAGGACAAGAGAAUAUAUGAUCAGAUACACCAGAUAUUGAAUGUUACAGGAGAUAUGCUAAAGGAAAGUAAAGAUAAGCGUAAAGAGUUUCUAAUGAAUCUGAGAAGAGAAGGGGAGACUGUACAUUACAGAGAAAGAUCACAGGACAGUGUAGAUCACGUGACGUGGCUCUGGAGAUACGGGAGACCUGACAUCGUGAGAUCCUGUAUAGGUCUACAUCCACACAACGACAUUUACAUCAUCGACAACAAAGCUUACAGAAAACCUACUGGGAAGAAGAACAUUGGGAUUUGUAAAUGUGAUAACUAUUUGCCAAAAAUUCGGAAUCUAUUAUACAGCAUGCUGUUAGCUGAGAAAUAUCAGCUGAAUGUCAAUGAACAAUCACACAGAGUCAUAAGGGACAAAAUCAAAGACAGAUAUUACCCUGAUAUUACUGAAGACGACUCUUUAGAUCUUCCUGAAGGAAUCACAGAAACACGUGACGGUGUGAUGACCUUUAUAUCAGACGACAUCCGACAUGACGUCAUGUACGCCUUUGUUACGGAGUGUCUGGUGGAGGACAGUGAUCUGGAGUUUUUCCUAACCACGGCGUCACGUGACGUGAUAUCAGAAUACUGUCGGUCCUGGGAUUAUGAGAGGAGUGAGGGAGGAAGAUGUCUGUAUAUACCGUACCUACCGGAGAAGAUAUGCGACCUCUUCAUAGACAAACUACACCUGGACAUCAUCACACACUGUACCGUAUCUGACUGGAGGAUUCAUGACAGGAUCAGUAAACGUUUGGGAGUCCCUAGAGAAGUACUUGCGUGGGACCAGGAGGCCAGAGAGCGGUAUGUGGAGUACGCUAAGAGAGGAACACAGACAGUCCACCACGCCCGAGGGAUGAUUGUAGGAUGUGCUGGGGUGGGGAAAACCACGCUACUUAAACGUCUACUCGGGUGUACCGAAAAAGAGAUUAAAGAAGUAAAAUCUACCGAGGGAUUGGAGGUGCAUGAGGAAAUAUUUGAAUUAUGUGAUGAAGUAAAAUCUUUGAAAGCCAGAGGAAAAUACAAAGAAAAAAACUAUGUAGAAAAUACUUUUGAAAAAUUGGAUGCAAAGACCUUGACGUUCUUUGACUUUGGAGGACAGUGUGCGUACUACGCAUGUCACCAGAUUUACCUGACGAGGAGAGCUUUCUAUAUUGUGGUGAUGGACGCCUCUAAACGUCUUGACCAGAAGGUGGAUGAGGAAGUGUGUGAUCAAGAUGGUAGCGUCUUUUCUGGAUGGACCUACGGAG